AUGCCGGCAAACCGGAUGAAGCUGGGGAUGCUAGGCGAACCGGACGGAGCUGGGGAUCCGACGACCGACAGAUGCGCCACAACCGGCAGCGUACCUGUGACACCAUCAACCAAAGGUAUGUCCGAAUUCCAUAUCCUCAUCGGCGCCUCUGUCCCUCACCCCUCUCUUCGAUGGCGGCGGGAAGUUGAAUAUCCAGGUGCGGACAAAUCCCAUGGUCAAUUUGGUGGUGGUUGUUCUGCAAAAGAGAAGCGGUGGUUCCGCGUAUUCAGACUGGAUCUGGGCGGCUGCGGAAGUAAGGAGAAGAGAUGA